AUGACAUCAUCUUUCUACUUUACUUCUCUAUUUUUACUUGUUUCUCUUGGUUUCGGUAAGCUGGCCUCCUCCUCAUGAAUAAACAUUUCCCAGUUUUAUUGCCAACUGCGCUGCGCCACGUUAUUGUUUCAAAGACGAUCAAUGAUAUUUCUGACAUAUAGUCGUAAAAGCAACGCAGUAAAAAUGGCUCCAUUUAAUUGUUUGGCUGAAUUUCGCACACACACACACCCUAUCACCCGCAGACGUUGUUUUUACGACGCUUCGCUUUGAACAUUGCCGCUUACCUUUUUAAGCUUCACCUAGACUGUAUUUUCAACCGUAUUUUCUUUUGAUUCACAUAUGAAUUUGGUUAUUUUUCGAGUAUUUUUAGCUUAAAAAAUCCAGCGCAAAAAUCCACAGGCGCUCCUGCGGCCGUGGCCUAACUAAGAACUAGUCCGGUACUAAAAAAGUAAUUUAUUUUUCAGUCAUCAUUUUUCAGCUGCGUCUAAAUAUAAAUAAAUGAUAUUUGAACAGCUUUCAGCAAGUGAAAAACAACAAAUUUCAAAAUAUUCAGUCAUGGCCGACAAGACCACUCUAACACUACAUGACGUCACGGAUCACCUAGACAAAGACGACGAAAAAGUUGGUUUUGACCCGCAAUACCUCAGCAAAACGUUGUUUUUUUCAGUACGCAGACGCGCUGCAAAUCAGCGGAGACGUAUUCAGAGAGGUGGAAGCCUUGUUCAACGAUGAGAACUACGCGACACGGAACGGAUGGUUCAAGGAUGAAUCGAACGACGAAGGCGACGUCGUCUUCGCAAAGGACACUCCGAACGGACGGAUGGUCACCAUCUCGACGGAAUUGCCCAUGUCUCCGGAGGAAGUGAUCAAGGAGACGUGGGAAGGGUCGGAGACGUUGCCGGAAUGGAAUCCGCACAUCAAUUUCGCGAAGAGACUUGCAGCGCCGACCUCUCACUUCGAUGUGGUUACCGUGAGUUUUCUAGUUCUGAUUUCAGCAACUCACCUGCUUCGUUGUUUUCAGUACGGAAAUAACGACGUUCUAGUCGUCAGUGGCAGGGAGUUCGUGUCAGCAAGAAUUUGGAGGAAAGUCGGCGACACCUACAUUCUGGCCUCCCGAAGUGUGAACCUUCCGUGGUUCAAAUCGACGCACAAGGGAAAAGUUCGGUGAGUAAAUAGUUAUUUAUCAAAAAUCAAUCAAAUUCCUUCAGUGCCCAUCUCCAUUUGGCGGGCGCCCGUUUCCGUCCGAACCCGCAGAACCCCGAUUCGACGCUGACAGACGUGGUGAUGCUGGCAGAUUUGAAAGGAUUCCUUCCGAAGCUCAUUGUUAAUCAGGUCAUGGGACGAGUGAUGAUCAUGGACACGGUCACCAAUCGGCGCCACUUUACCGAUCUGAAAGCGAAGCGCGACAAGCACAACGCCUAA